UGUGUGAGACGCUUGCCACCCAUUGAAGGAAACUUAUGCAUGUAUCCGAGAUCUGACACGAUCAUCAUCAUCUCACUUUCCGCCGAGAUUCGAACCGACAACCUCAUCAUCGUAAUCCUACUGUAAUAAUAUGUGUACUAAACUUCGGAAACAUCCAAUACAAUCGUUCACGGACACUUCGGGUCUCUCCACACAACAGAAAACCGGACCAUGUCUAGUUUGACGGUCGAGUUAAGUCGCGCAAGUUCCGGAUGACGUCACGGGGUUGCCAUGGUUUUUCCUUAGUUACGUUUUCCACAUUUUUACAAUCUUAUAUAUAGAUGCAACUCCUCGGGUUAUGGAUUACUGCCUUUUGUUGAUCGCUGUAGAACACCAGCUUUCCCCCCCACAAAGACAGAAUUGUUCAAAGUAAGCGACUCAAAUCAAAUCAUAGCCUUAUUGAUCUUUAAAUCAUAGGUUUACCACCUCGACUGACACAUCGCUAAUACUGAAUAUUACAUACAUAUUUACACAAAUCGUCGAGAGACUGAGAACAGACUGCCUUGUAUUGUUUAUCUACAAAAAAAUAGAGUUUAAAUAAAUGUCAAAUUUCACAUGGUGGUUCAACCCUUUUAAAUGUAGAUGCUGUUUAGUUUACACUAUUUGUUUUAUUUGCUUUAUUCAGCCGACAAUGAAACCGUAGUGUUGUUGAUUCUGGUGUUUUUGAGUCUCUCCGUUUUGAACGCAGAUAAUGGACGAUCCAGCUGGACAGUAUCACUUCUAUGAGGAUAGAAAAUAUUUCCCUGACAGUUAUUCUCUUUACACGCUCCCAGGAAACCCUCAGCAGUUCCAGUACGAGUGUCCGCAGAAGCUGCAAUUCAGGAUCGUGAACAAUGCGCCCCCUGCUGGAGCAGAGAGCCUCCUGCAGCAGCAGCCCACCAGUGGCGGGCAGAUGUUUUCCAGCAAGACGCUCCCAGAUGACAUGAGCGCCUACCAGCUACACGGCUCUGCCCCCGGCCUGCAGAGGCUGGUCGUCCCCGGCGCCAACCCCAAGAAGUCGGUGCAGGACCCGUCGCAGAAGCGAGCUGUGCGGCUGAUGAAGAACAGGAUCGCCGUCCAGGAGUUCCGACAAAGAAAGAAGGAGUAUGUGGAGCGCUUGGAGAAGCGCGCGGCCGACCUGCAGAGACAACACGCCGCUCUGAAGGAGGAGCUCAGCGCCCUCAAGGCCAAAUACGGACUCGCCAUGUGAUGUCCAGGAGGACUCUUCUUCUUCUUCGACAUGUCGCCGAGUGGAGCCGCAUGGUUUCAUCUGGACGUCAAACACUGUUGUGAAUUUCUGGUGCGUUUUUAUACCAUUAAAUAAAUGAAUAAUGGACUGGCAAGACGUUCCAGGACCAGAGUGGGGAGGAUAAGUGUUCUCCGAGGAAGCACUUUGCAUCCUUUAUUUAUUCCGUCGCGUGAAGAAAUAAGAGGCAAUGAAAGAGAAGCGAUGUGUACCAAGUUGGGAAGUUCCCCGGGAGAAGCGUCUUGACUGCAAUAACAGAGGGGACAUCUCUCUCUAGCGGCCAUUCUCUUGAACUACAC